CAAAUUAACAAAACCAUGAAUCGGGCUUUUGCAAACUGUGCUUGUCACGUCAAGAGUACACGUGCUUGCCACACAGGCACUGUGUGUUUGUUGGCCUCAUUUUCGUAAAAAAAGGACGAGUAUACAUCUUUUGAAUGUAUUUUUGACAUCAUUUUCACAUGCUACAGACCUGUAUGCGAGGAGCCAUGUUCUGAUGUGGUCGAUUUCCCCCGUUUUUGGCGGACUUGUCUACAUCAGCAGCGAUGAUAGGCGCCCACCACCAUGACCAGCAGAGACGGGCUCGGGCCGGGUCUUUCGACCGUUUCAUCCCCGUCAGGGACGGGGCGAGCCUCGCUGCCGCCUCCUUCAAGUUUUCAUCCCGGAGAAGCGAUGAUGUUGGGGCGACCUCUGCGCAAGAUGUCUUCGAUGGGUCUGCGGGUGAGGCCGGUGAGGCUAACAAUAAUGACUCGCCCUACAAACAGUACAGGGAGUCUUCGAGCGAUUACCUUCAACGGAUGACGCUCCUGACGGACAGGGUCACGGAGGAUAGCAUUCUCUCCUUCCGACCUCGACAGCGAAGCGGCAGCUGGAGCGGUUACAGAGACGCAGAGACAUCCAAGCAACCGUGCCGUCAGUUACCGUCGUCGCCUGCACAAACUUUUUAUGUCACCGGUCUCAACGGAACAAGCGAUGAAUGUUCACGACUCUUUGACAUUAACUGUCACGGCCAGCUCGCCAUACCACAGGGUGACGCCAUCCACAUCAAAGAGCUCACCCGGCCCGACCAGACGUUCGAACCGUUCAGUCUCCACAUCACCAAGCCAAUUACCGGACGGGACGCGGGCCAGCUCCACCGCCAACGCCGGUGGUGCGUGCAAUGGAGCUCUACGGGCCAUACGCUGGCUGUCGGCGGCCCAGCUUUAAUGCUGAUAGACGCCACGCUUGGAGACGUCACCGCAUCCAUCAUGACGUCGUCACCGCCAUCUUGCCUGGACUGGAGCCGGCACUGCUUAUCAGCGGGUUUUCUGGACGGAGCCGUCCAGGCGUACGACACCAGGAUUGGCCUGUGUACCGUCGGGUCCUUCAUCUGUACUAGCCGGCACAGCAGCCCCAUCACCACGCUCCGUUACUCCGUGGACGGGGGACUGCUGGCCUGCGGAACGGCAGACGGUAAGCUGGUCAUCUGGGACACCAGACAACGCCAGAAACCCCAGCACGAGAUGGAGGCACACAGUGAUGGUGUCGGGGCGAUGGCCUGGUGCCCGUGGAAACCGUGGUACGUCACAACAGGUGGGAAGGCAAGCGACCAGACUAUCCGCACAUGGAAUGCAUACAGCGGCGUUAUGAGUAAGAACCUCAUGGUUGGAUCUGAGGUGACUUCGCUGGCGUGGUACGAACAGUCGUCGGAAUUGGUGUCCAGCCACGCCAACCCCAGCGGAGAGGCCAACAUCCGGGUCUGGAAAUCCCCCAAGAUGCGCAUGAUCGUGGAGUUGAAACGCCACGAGGGCCCGGUUUUGCAAGUGGGGCUGACGCCAGGGGGCGACAAACUCGCUUCCGUUGGGAGUGAGGAUCCGGUGAUGCUAUGCAUCUGGGACUUCUCCACCGGCUACCCCCUGUCCCCCCAAGGGGCGUCCUCCCACCCCAGAAGACGCUCCUCCACGUUCAACUCCCCCGGCAAGAGCCCCGGGCCGAUCGCCUCGCCUCUCGCUCUGGGGGGAAUCCGGUGAGAUCGCCGGUCGAGAGGAGACACUAAAUGAUCCUCAAAGACCGAGGGUCAUCUCUAUGAAGAGCCUAAGCACAAAACAUUGGAAACUUAGCAAACUUAUGAGCUCAGCGAAAAAGAUGAUUUGUGGAUCGGACCUGCCACAAGCAACAACUAUGGCUGGUAACCAAAUUUUGACAAUGUAUUUUGUGAUAUCUUGAGCACCUUCUUUUUGGGACUCGGCUCCAAGAAGUUGGCCACACUACUGAGGAGCCAAAUUUAUAGAGUUGCUAAACACAAUAUGUUUGGCUAAGCGAAGACAAUAUUUGCUAAUCAUAAACAGCUUUAAUACCAGCUACUCGUAACUAGCUAGGAAAUGCCAGUUUAUAGCUGGUUUUCAAUUGUGUGCUGUCUACCAGAAUAUUUGCUAAGUAUAAUAAAUACAUUUUUUUGGUGGUAAGCGGGCUUCAAAUGGCUGCUAUUUGGAUUUAAUUAUUCAUGUUAUAUUAUUGACGUCAUAUAAUAAUACAAAAAAAAUUGAUAGAUUUACCGAGCUGUUUGUUUCGUUUUGGAUGUUUUUCGUUUUGUUUGCUUAGGUUUCGUUUUUGAUAUAACCCGAACUCUAACCCAUAUAUAAGUAAACUGGAUUACCUUAAAUCGUUCAUUUUUGUCAGAUUUUGGGAAGAUUUGUAUUAAAAGAAAUACUCGGGAAGUUACUGAAAAUGUUACAGCAACUAAUUACUUUAUAUUUAAAUACAUGUUAUUCAUUUAUUCCUUCUCCUGUAUGCAUGGCCCUAGACUAGCCACAUGUCGUCCUCUUGUGAUGCACUUUACGUUUUGUACCUAUAAGGAAACAAUUAAUAAAUCAAAUAUUUACAAAGAUCAAUUUUCCGAUAUACAAGUUUUCUUUAUUUCUGCAGCAACGGCUUUGUGGUUUAUAAAUACAUGAUUAUUAUCAUAAUGUUACACACGAGAACCUUCCAUUUCAAUACGUAAGCCAUAAUUCGCAUAAGUUACAUUGUAUACAAGGGGUGGUGUGGUCAAACAAAUAUUAUAACCCAAAAUUAUUAAUGAAUGAUGAUGUUUAAAUACGUUUAUAUAAGUGUUACUUUAAUGGGGGAAAAAUGUGAGCUUGGCCGGUUUUAAACACUAUGUUUAAGACCGGUUGGUGUACGUGUCUGAAUGCUGGUAACAGGGUAAUUAUCAGCAUAAUUAUUCCCAUUCAUAAAUACCUUUUCGGUCUUUAUCAACCGUUUAAAAUCGGCCACGUGACGGGCUCUCGACCAAUUGGAAUGAAACUGUUUUAUAGGCAAACCAAAUGCGGGAUUCGGUAACAGUGCUAUAAGCAUGCAUUUCCGACACCAUUAAUGUCAACGCUGGUCUUACUGUUUUGAAAGUCUGUCUGAAUCUGGGG